UAACUUGUAACAAUGAACUCUGCACCAUCGGUAGAUACAUGCAUCGCGAAUGUUUCGAUCAAUGGGAGCAAGCUGUCCUGUCCUAUCUGAAAACCUGCGGACGCGCGCGUUCUUGGUCCGAACGGCAACGUCAUCAGAAUUUGUGGACAAAAAAAGGAUACGAUUUGGCUUAUAAGGCCUGCGGAUGCAAUGCAGACGUUCGAAACCGAGCUGGUAGCCUUUCUUGCUCCAGCUCGGGAAGCAGUUCUCCACCAGCUUCCGGUUCCGAACCCAGCGUAUCUCCCGUACAUGGUGCGUAUUCGAAGAAGAAAUCGAAGGUGGAUCUCCCGGAUCGAAUUAGGAUUGCUGGAGGUGCCAAUGGAAUUUUCACCCGUCGCUUAGACUUUAGUUCGUUCAACUCGCUUCCAAAGAAUAAAUUGAAUUCCUAUCAAAUUAAGACCGAAGACGAAGGCAACCACGGCAAUGACGACACCAGAUGCUUCAUCCUCUCAACUUUGGCUUCACAAGGACGCUCUAAAGUUCACUGUAUUUUGUGCGAAGAACAGCUGCCCGUGUUCGAUCGCUAUCCAUUGGUGGAUGGUACUUUUUUCUUGAGUCCCCGACAACAUGCCAAAACUUGCAUAGAGGUGAAAGUGGAAGGACGCACCCAAUUUUUAACUGUCGUUUGUAUGGGUUGUCUGGAAGGUGUUCAUGGUCGAGCUAUUGUGUGCCGAUUCUGCAACCAGAAAUGGGAUGGAUCCUCAUUGAUCUUGGGCAGCAUGUAUUCAUACGACAUUUUUGCUGCGAUGCCUUGUUGCACCGAAAGGAUUAAAUGUAAUUCCUGUUAUAAGCCCGUACUGCAUCCAGCGCAACGUUUGAACUUCUUCAGUGACUACAGUCACAUGGUGCCCUGCCCACAUUGUCGCACCUUGGACACACACUUUGUGAAACCCCUGGGCUUCUGCUACACCCGCCAAAUAUCACGGGCGUCCAUUUUGUGGCCAUAGCAUGCGGCCCCCUACGGCCUUAAGCCGCCCUCUCCAAUGCACCAACCGCCAGCACUUGGCUAUCGGCCACUCAGACCCAGACAGUCCAGUCCGCAGUUCGGUCAGUCUGGAAGCAUGUUUGGCGCCUCUGGAUUUAUGCCUCCAUUAGGCGCUUUGACUCCACCGGAAACCUCAAACGAUUCACCAAGGAGUAUUUUCACUCCUCCGAGACAGGUGGAGAACGUGAGCACGCCCAGGUGUGAGGCUUCGCCAGACUCUCUGGAUCUUGAUCUCGGUUUACUGUGGAGGGAGUUGGCGGGGUUGCGUUUGGAUGAGUUUUGUCGCCUUCAGUUGACCAGAACCCGUUAAACUUUUGCGUCACAUUGAAAGAGCGAGUUUAGUUUUCUUUGUUACGUUGUUGCAUUUUUAGUAAGUGUGUUUCGGAAUGGAAAACUGAUUUAGGUCGAACAAAGGCUAGUUGAUUCAAGUUUUAUGGACACUCCCCAUUCUUCAGUUGAUCUGAAUGGAUUUCAAUACUUACUAUUAAUUUUCUAGUGGAAACUGCACUAACGAAUUUUUCGAAGCGAUGCAUCAUAUCACUUUUGCAAUAAUAAUUCGCUGAAAAGCAAUAAUUUUUUGCUUGAAGUUUUUUAUUUAAUCAGCAGCAUUUUUAAGGUGGAGAUACAAUGAAAAUGGCAAGGCUCACGUUAAACAAUUACCAAAUGAAAUAGUUGUAAACCUGACUUCAUUUACUAAAUUAUUUAUAGUUUGAAUAAUCUUUUAUGCGAAUAAUACAUACAAAUGUUCAGUGAAGAGCCAAUGAAUGUAUGCUUUGAAUAAUUUACUGCUCGCAAUCUUAAAGGACAAGUCGGUGCGCUCUUAGAUGCGUUUUUGGACGAAUUAUCAAAGCUAACGUUCAUAAAAUAAUUCUAUUUCAAUUUGUGAAUCUGUUUGAAGCUUUAACCAAUCGGGGAAGUAUUAGCUAUUAUUUUGUCAAUUUUAUUUAAAAACUAGAAUUUUUUUUAAUUCUACGUUUAGUUUGGGAAACUAAAAACUGGAAAUUUUGAUCCUGAACAAUUACAUUUCGAUGAUAAAAAUAUCAUUUGAUGGAAAUAUGCUGAUAAAUACGCCUUUCAAAUACUAAGAGCUCUGUUCAUAAAUAAUACGCGAUGCGCAUUAAUUUGCUGAAAAUAUGUACUAUUUUGAGCUUGUACUUGCCAGAAUAACAUAUUAUUACUCUUGUUCAAUUUUUAAACCAACCUUCCAUUUGCAUUACAUGAACAAAUAAAAACACUAAACUGAGCAACGACGUCAAUCGAUUUUUCUUCUAUUCCCCAUUUCAGUUAAAAGUGUCUGCUGAUAGUUGAAAAAGUGUUUCAGUUACUACAUUUUCCACUUGAAGCACAGCAAAAAGCUAAAGCUAAAAACUAACUAAUCAGUUUUUCAUUUUUCAUGACAUUUGUUUACUUUGAACUCGUUAUGUUAUUAGUUUAUUAUUAUUAUAUGUUUGUUAGAUUUUAGUAGAAUUUUUUUAAACUUAAGUCCACAAUGGACGUUAUUUUAAAGUGAAAAUUGUGAUUAAAUAGGUAUAUUUUAAGUUUUUGUAUUCUCGAAAGUACCACUUACGCAGUGAAUGAAGGCAGUUUUAUUAAUGUAGAAGUUGUUAAAAACAUACGAAAAAAUGUUUAAAAGAGUGAAUCAAGCAAUCUGUUUUUAAUGUCCGUUAGUAGAUAGAUUUUCUAGUGUUAUAUAUACAUACAUACAUACAUAUACGGCUCCUAUGUUGGGUUUUUUGAAAUUGUGCAUCAUUAGUGACAGUGGAGAAAUUGAGAGAAAAACUUCAAUUCGAGAGAGCACACAGGGCUUGAUAGCUGUUUUGGCAAAACCUAUAUUGUUUCUAACUAGCUUAAUUUCUAACAAGUUUUUGAUAAUCAUUUUUAAAUAUUUUUCUUAGUAUCGCUAAGUUAGCUAAUAUUACCCCCACUUUGCUGCACCUUGCUUGGUAAGUAUUUUAUAGUUUAAUUUGUAUUUAUUAAGUAGCUCAUAAAGGCACUUUAAGUGAUAACAGAUUUUUCUGGUAAGUAGCUUGUGUUAUGUAUGUAGAUACUAUUUUAAAUAAUAACAUCGUCACGCGUGACGGAGGCAAAUAUUCCAAGUUAUACUCUAAGUAGCCCUAAUACGAUAGACAUUAUUAUUUGAUUCAUUGAUUGAUUUAUUGAGCUACUAUCAGGUCUAGCUGCUCAACGGAAUUAGAAAUCAAACAACUUUUUGGGAAAUCGCGGAGAAAUAUUUCGAAUCAGAAUAGCGCUGUACAUAUAACUUUAUACGUGAUGUAAAGUUGCUGUGUCCCAAUAACUAGUGAUAGUGUUACUGCGUACGGUCCAGAUAAGUAAGAAUGAGGAAAUAUCCGGCGUGUUUGAGUGUGCAUUUGUGAUCCCGUUAAAUAUCACUUCAUCCAAAGCCAAAACCCUAGACGUUCUUUAUAUUCCUUCAAUAUAGCGCAUAUAUGAUGAUGUAGACAUAGUGUUACAAGCAAUGUGAGAAAAAUGGAUCUACAUUGAUUUUUUCUAAUGGCGGAAAACCUAAUUGUCGAAUGCCGAAAAAUCAGAUGUGAAUAACGCUGGUUUCGCAUUCUGAGUUAUCUCAGGGUAGGGUCGGUCUCCCUGCAUUUAUUGUUACAGGGUGCUCCAAGAGAAUUUGCUUUCAAAGUGUUCACAUUUCCAGCAAAUAAAUCCCAUUAAAUUUUAACGCAUAUUUUAUAAGAAAUGGUGUGGAAAGUGUUUUAUUGGAGGUACCAUAUUUGUUCUUUUGAGUCUUUCUACACCAUCAUGUGUCUAAAUUUGUUGCUAUAACGGUUCAUAAAAAUUGCACAGGAUUAAUUAAAUAACACAUGCUAUCAGGAUAUUUUUGUGGCUAUAUACAAUGGGCUUUAUUAUGUCACUGAAGCUUGUGCAGUGAAAUACCAUUUAGAAACAUUAAUAAGUAGAGCGAUUUUUAAUUCUUGUUUUGAACGUUGCUUAUUCAAGUUAAAAAAAAUGCCGAUUUUACGAACCAUUUCAAUAUGGGAAGUUACUGAUGCUUGUGCUAUUCAAUUUUAGAUUUUUUCUAUUCAGAAAUAUAACGCGGUUUUACAAAUAAAUAAUUUGCAGUCGAAUGUUUUUGAUAUUCUUCAGAUAAAAUACCUCGACGUGCCUUGGGAUUUUAUCGCUAAAUUAUUUAGUCGCACUAUUUUCUAUGCAGGAUUUUGCAGAAAAUCACUUAUGCACAUUUUACCCGACAAAAUUUGAAAGUUUUGGUAUAUAAUCUAGGAUUAUGGUUAAACAUGUUCCGAAAUGAAAAUAAAGAGAUUCAAAAUUCCCAGUUCCGCAAAAUUAACAAGUGAGAAAAUUUUUCUGUAAAUACACGUUUUCCGUUAAUGAGCUCACCUUCUUAAAUCUUAAAAGUUUUAGCUAACCUUAACAAUAUUAAUAAACUUUAAAUUUAUUAUUAAUUUUAGAAAGUCUUCUAAGUUAUAUAUCUUCAGAAAAAUAAUAAUGAAGUUUUUUAAAGGCAGUUACGUUUUUAAGACAAUAAUGAACACUUUCGUCGCACUUUUAGUAUUUUUAAUAUUUAUUGAAACAUUUAUUUGUUUAAUACAAGUUAAUAACAACUAAUUUGGCUGUAACUAAUACCAUUUUUUAAAUUUAUUUGUCACUGUUUCGCACUCACUUCACAUUUCCUUUUGCAAGACGAGUCUUAGGAGUUCUAAACUAAUUUGUUGCAUACAAGUCUGCAACCGGAAACGUCUCUGUUUCUUCGUCUUGUCUUCUAGCCAGUCUACAGCAUGGCACGAACCUUUUAAUAGAAAACUUGUCCAAGUUAUAAGAUUGUAUUUAUCAUGCAUGGGUAAAUAGAAAAGUUACAAACAGGAGUUAAGCAAAAGUUUGCUCUUUUCGAAGUUGUUCAAGCUUGUGUAUAGGCGACCCAUUUCAGGAGCGAACUUUUCAUAUUAUAUCUGAUGGCUGGAAACUGUCCUAUUCAAAUUUCACGUAUAAAACAGUUCAUAUUGUAAAGGCGGAGUUAUUAAAUGUUAUUUUUGCGUUCUGGUUAAUGUUUGGAAAAAUAAACACUUUCUUUUCAAUCAUGCUAUUGUCGACGAAUUACCAUGCAUCACCUAUUGUGACAAAUGUCCUGUGGUUUUGGAGCACCCUGUAUUUUGUAUCCCAUUGUCGCUACAACCUCCCCUCCCUCACCAUAGCCUUUUUAGAAACGGACGUACAAAAUCACUCAGUAGCCGCUCAGAAAUAAAAAUAUAUCCCGCCAAAUACCUCUGAAGUGGAUCAGAAUUUAGUCUUUCGCGUGUGGAAAUUCUAGGAAUAUUUCCAAUCUGAAAUUGAGUAAACUCGAAAGCGACUACAGGAGGAAAUUGCGAGAAGUGCGCGUUUGUUCGUCAUAUCGGAGAUAUUCGUAGGAUUUCAUGAGGAAGAGAAAGUGGCAGGUCUAGGAAAUUGCUUCAAGUACAAACCGUUCGUUACUUUUGCAAAUUUUAUAUAAAUACAUUCUAAUCAAUUGUUGAGGGUAAAGUAAUUCCUAACACAGUUUUAGUGAAUUUCGUUUAAUCGUUUCUCUCAUAUAUGUUGAGUUCUUAGGUCCGUAUAAUUUCGCGGGGGCAAAUAUUCGCAUCAUUUUCAAAUAGCUUUUAUACCUAUCGGCUUGCAUGCAGGAUACAAUUUUGGUAAAAUAAAAGAGUGAUUACAGAUAAUAGUUUAAUGCUUCACUACCGCCCCGUGAAUUAGUCCAUCACUGAUAGCAAAAUGAAAUUACUUACUUAAUUGUUAAUUACGUUGAUAUUCUGAAUUUACUUUUAGGUAAUCGUUGUGUUUUUUGCCAGGCUAUUUGACUCAUUGCCUAUCGAUACCCAACCUGAAAAAAAUAUUGUCGACGCAAUCCGAUUCUUCUCAGAAUCCGGUAGAGCAAGAGCACGAUUCGGGUUCUUCAGAUAGUCUUGCCCUUUAAAUAAAAUUACACACGUACCUUGACAUUAACCCAAUUCGUUAUAUUAACAACUAUUGUUUCCGUUUCCGAUCAAUGCAAAAUUAUUCACUUUCAAGUUAAUAUUUCGUGGUGAUCCCUCUUCUGACCGACUUUUUGCGUGUGCGGGAGCUCAGUAUAGUAAUAUCGUUGUGCAUAGAGUAGGAUCAGAUCUGUAGACACGAAAACGAUGCCUCGGUCUACUUGCUUCCGACAGCUCUUGAUUUUUGAGAUUUUCUAAAGAAGGCUUGAAACAUCUGACCCAGUGAAUUCUCAUGCAUACGUUAUUUUUUAAUGUGAAACCCCAGUUUUGUUAUUAAAUUUUAUCUUAAGUCGACUCAUUUUUCAGUAAGCUCUAUCAUCGGGACUUUUGGCCAUAUUCCAGCUGAAUUUUUUUAUACUUGGAUAAAAAUACAUACUUCCAAUAAUUUUUUGGAAAUAGAAACCAUUUUCGUUCAGUACUUUUUUUGAUACUAGAAGCUACUAAGCAACAGAGAAGUUGAUACAGAAAUGAUCCAAAGUUUGGCUCUAAAAUUUUAUUUUUAUCUUUUAUAUUUAUUAUUAUUUAUACAAAAUGUGAAUGUCUUCUUUGAAGCGUUUUGGACUUCAACCUAAAAAAUGCACUUCAUAAAUGCCUAAACAUUAUACAGAUUGUACCAUAUUCAAGCUUCCAUAUUUUGGAACACAAGAAAAGUGACAAGGCAAAACUUAAUUUUUCUACAGAGAUGAAAAAAUGAUAUUAAUUGAAAUAGUGAUUUUGGUACACCUUGGAUAGCUAUAAUAAUAUACCUACAAAUUUCAAUGUUAAUAAAAUUUUAAAACAUUGUUUAAAUUCUACUUAUUUUGUCUUUCAAUCUGCUGAUCCAAUAUUUUAUGAUGAUUUUCAAUAUCCUGAUCAUAACUAUAUUUUAAAAAUGUUGAAGACAAUUUCUGAAAAUUGGAGAUCAUUUGUGUGGAAACUUCAUAACCAUUUGAACACAGAACACACAUUAGUAAUUUCGUGUUUUCUGUGUACGAUAUUUUUUAAAUAUUUUUCUUUGGUACAUUCUGCUGCUUGGCUUUUUUCAAAAUAUGCAUUUCAAAUAGUAAUGUGCUAUGCUUAAUUUUUUUCUGUUAUAGUGCCUUGAACUGACUCGCAUUCAGUUUUAAUUAAGGAAAAAUUCCCUCACUGCAUAAACGCCUGUUUUUGAUUAGCUACACAGUCCUCAAAUACUAUCGGAUAAUUUCAAGCAACCAUUCUAAAAUCUCAAAACAUUGAGAGCUGCAGUAGAAUAUAUUCGCGGCCUACGUAAUAUAAUAAUCGGUCUAUGUAAGACAAUUAUACUGUACAUAUUAUAUUCGCUUACUUGGUCUUUAAAAUUCAAAUAAAGCACAUUUCCUUCGGUACUAUUUUAUAGUAAUAUAUAGUAGAUGUAACAAGCGUAGCCUUUUUUACGUACAGCUUAGAUUUAACAAAAUAAUCGUAGUUCUAGAUGUAUUUUAAGCAAUAGUCGUCUAAGAGUGUUGGGUGAAUUUGGGUAGUUCGAACGACAACUGAAUUUAUCAGGCAACUAUCAGCAUACUCUUUCGACUAUUUGUUUUCGAAUCGUGUAUAUAAAUAGGUGUAAUAAUAAAAAGUGGCUUGGGCACCAAAGCUGGUGCGAGGACCAAACGUUGUUGACUGUGUUAUGUAGCUGAGUCCGUUCAAACGGACAAAGGCAUCCAUAGUCAGCAGUCAGCACUUCGCCCCAAUGAGGCAAAGCGGAAUUUCUUUAUCCUAAAAGAUGAUCGAGUCUCCCACUGAGCUGUGCUCUUUCACUUUUAUAAGGCUGUCGAAGCACAAUACAAAGGUGAACUAAAACAACAUUGGUUCCAGUAAAUCUGGAAACAUAGUCGCUUUAGAACCACAUCACGAAGGCAAAAUCAGGGUAAGGGUCGUACCGUUUAUAUUGCACCACAUUUAACGAUUAGUAGUCGCUUUUCGGCGUAGAUUUUAGAGUAACUUCUAAGAGUAAGGUUUAAUCGCUUUUGCUUGCUUAUGCGUUCAUGCUGCCAAUCAAGAAACAAUACUUUACUAAAGGGACUUUGAGAGGUGUACUGCCGAAUGUUAAUACGUUAUGCUUAGGAAACUAAACUGUGAUAUUUAUCAAUAUUGAUUCAAUAUUUUGUAAGUAUUUUGCUCUUUCCGAAAAUAGAAACCACUUUUAACAGCAUUGAAUAGUCAUCGAAGUAAUUGAAUAGUCAUCGAAGUAGGAAUAGUUAUUUUAUCCAACUGAAAUAAGACUGGGGACUUAGUGUCUUCAAUCAAACUUUAAAUGUCUUCAAUUUGCAUUCUUAACUGAACAUACAAUUGUAAUUUAUUUUUAUUUUUUUUUCAAUGCGUUGUUGUUUAAUGUUUAUUAUGCGUUUCUACUUUAUUCCCUAGUGUUUCGUUCAUUUUCGAUUUGUAUGUGUUAAGUGUGUAAAGUCCAAUAGCGUUUCUCGAGGAUUUUUCAAAAAUUACCGCAUUCCGCUUGUGGAUUGAAAACGUCAUUAAACCGCAAGAUCCUACCAACCUAAUAUCUUCGUGAUAAUUGCAAAGUAUAAAUACAAGAUACAUUUUCGCUCAAAAUAGAAUCCAUCUUUGUGCUACUCCACUGCUUUUAAUAUCACCAUUUUCCCAAUUCUGCUGAUAGGUAAGACUAAGUUGCGCAAAAAAUGCUGCUGGAAGUGAUCUUCAAAGACUUUCCUCAUAUUUCUAGUUUGAUUUUGUGUAUUAUAUAAUUUAUUUUUCGGUUAGACCUUAAAUCGUUAACAUUUUGGGUCUAAAGCCUAAUUUCAAUUCAUAUCUGUAUUGGUAUGUUAGUUUUCUGUGCCUAAUUUUAUCAUCUAUAAAGUUUUAUCAAUCCAUUUUAUAAAUUGUUUAAGAUUUUGACUGAUUUCGAUUCUUUGUUACAUUUGUUUUCGUGAAUGUUAUUCUCGUUAUUAAAGCUGAUAAACUGAAAAUUUUAUUCUCUUAAUGAAUUAAUCUAUUAUCCAGUUUUUAUUUCUACAUUCAGAUUAUGUGGCGAUUAGUAUUAUCUGGUGAUUUUUUGUACAAAUAUCUACCUUAUUUGGCUAAAAGCUAUUGUGAAUGCUUUUGAACGAAAAUGUUAUGUUUAUUAAAUACUUUAGCUGGAUGUUUGGAAAAGAAAUGUGCAUUGUAGAUGUAUUUCUAAAUACAACAAAAUCUAAUCGUAUAUUCAUGAAAAUAUUUUCUGAAGUGAAUCUUCCAUAAGAAAUCUUUUUACAAUUUGUGUAAUAAUUGCGCUGAAAACAGACACUCGUCGCAUGUUAUAGUCAUUCUCGUGAUAAAAUCGUAUUUAUAUAAAUUAACUCAUUUUCUGUUUAUCCCCUAACAGUUGCUACUCAUACAUAAAACAACUAAUUGAAAACGAUAGCUGUUUUCCAACACAAUCAUUUAUAAUGUAAGUUCUUAUACUGACUUAAAUAUGCGAAUCAUUUUUGUAGUAUUAACAUCCGGUACUAAAUCGAGCAAAGAGGCCCGAUUGGAAUAAUUACUAGUAGACAUUUAGGGAAGUUGAAUUUAUAAAUUAGGCUUAAAAAUUUGGCGAAAUUUGAAACGUUUGUGAUAUAUAUUUUUAUACUUCUUAGCAUGUAGAGUGUAAGGUAGGAUUUUCAAAAUUACAGCAAAUUAAAAAAAAACUGGGCUCAACAACCGUGAGGAUUUGUUUGGGGGAGUUCGAUCCUCAACAUUUGCUAUUGACUGGGAAAAGUAUUGUUAAGAAACUAUUGAGUGAUAAACAUUUUUUACUUAAAAUCGAUAUUUGGAAAAUUGACAAAAAAGGAGAUGAAAGAAUUUUUUAUACUGAAUGAAUUUUCAAUUAGUAUACCAUUUUUUACUACUUAAGAUAGGCGUAAAAAUUUUAUACCUAGUAAGUUAAUGACUUGCUUUAAUAUGUAGGGAUUAUUGGAUUUUUAACGGUAUAGAUUUCUUGCUUGGCAGGCAGGCUCUUUGCUAGUGCAUGUGUGAUCGACAGAACAAUAUAGUGCCGUAAUUGUAUUUGUGAUUGGAAAUGACAGGUUCGCGAGAAUAAUGUAAGUUACCGUCCUAAGUCUCAUCAGAAUUUUAGACAAUUGCAAACUAGGUAACCUAAAGCUUUUACUACUCAUUGUACAAAGCCAUCGCCGAUUUUUCAUCCGAAUCAUCCACAAAAUGUGAUUGUCUACUACGAGUCAUGGAAAACAAUCAUAAUAAUUAAGUAUCCCUAGAAGGCUCACAAAUUUCUAAACAUUAUCUACCCGACUUUGGGUAGCGAAGUUUAAAAAUUUUAGGUCAGAUUUAGGGUUGUACAUUUUUAAAUCAAUUUCCGAUAAAUUAGUCAAAUUUUUUCUCGAAUAACUGCGGAUCAUCUGCAACAAACUGAUGAUAACUAACUAAUUUUUUCUAAUGAGAACUGCCAUCCUAGCCUAAAGUUAGGUCAAAGUUACGCACAAGCACACCAAGACUGCAAGUCUCAACAGAUUUACCUCCAACAACGUUGCCAACUACACUUACAACGUUGCCAAAAGUUGUCUCCCAUUGCCGAUAACGCCAUUGUUCUGUUUGUCACCAAACAUUUCCUAUCAAAGUACAAAUUUUUUCUUCACACCGUUUUUUGAACAGCAAAACCUAUUCUCUACUAUUAUUAUAUACCUACUAAAUAAUCAUUGAUGUUGUAGUUUUCGUGAGGUCCGCAAAUCUAGCGGCAUAUUUAAAUAUAAUGUAGUUUUUUGAUAUAGUCGCUAAGAUGCUCCCUCUGUGUUUUCAAUUAAACAUAUUAUUGUUGCGCGACGUUAUCGGAUGUAUUGUGUUUUUCCUUGAGGCGUCGUGUCUAGUCAAUCGAUGAUAUUGUAAAAUCAAUUUACAAGAUCUAAAGCUGCAGUAUAAAAUCGAAAACAAUCAUCGUUCAAAAAUAUUAGUUGGUUGUUUUGAAGCGGAGCGUGAUUCUGAAAAUAACUCCUCCAUCAACGUUUUCCUGCCCAAUUUAUUUCCAGUAUUUAAAUCUCGAUACCCAGAAACAGUAUCAGAAACCACUCUUUUCUUGGGGUGUUAAAUCGAGUGCUCUUAUUUGCUCUGUUGCGACAUAAUCUAUUAAUAACUAAAGUAGAAUUUUGGUUUAUUUCUGCAAUAUUAAAAAACACCUAACUUUUUGGUAAGAGCGAAGCUUCCUCAUAUUGAAAGCCCGUAACAACAUUUAAUCGUCGAUGUAAAACUUAAUCAUUUAAAUAAUCUAAUCCAUAAACCAUUACUAGCAGUCCUUAAUAUAAACCGCUUGACUUUUGAAUAGGACCCUCCUUGAGCACAGGGUGAUGGAAAGGGAGAAAAAGAAUACAAUUUCACGUAAAAAAAAUCACUAUUUUCUUGCAGAUGCACGUUCUUAAAGGCCAUCGAUUUGGAGUCUUGAGCACGUAAUUUGGUGAUUGCUUUAGUGGUGUUGGAGGAAAGCACUGUUUUAAGAUAAUUUUGUUUGUUAUCAGUAGGGCAUUAAGUGACAUUAUGUAUCAUUAAAAACUGCUAGUUUGAGUUAGUUGUGACUUGAAGUUACAAAAACUUUCGACGACUUCUUUAACACUGGUAGAAUGGAGGGAAUUCUCAUCCAAGCAUAGACUUUCUUCUUUUGCAGCUAAAACCGUGUAGGAUUAUUCCCCACGUUAGCCCCGAAAUAUGCGUAGCUAUGAAUUGAAUAACAAAUUAUUUCUUGGACGCCCUUACUUGAACGCCAAAUUGCAGACUGUCUCUUUUUCAUCUGAUGCACAAUUUUAUUUUUUUGCUGCAGCUUGCAAUUCUGCCUGAUCUUCAGUAUCAUCACCGUCAACACUCAUUUUCGUUCGCCGUUUUUCUUCAUUAAGUUGCUGCUCUCCAGCUUGAUCUUCUUUCAGUAGUUCAAGCGCUUCACAUGUUUUUUCCAACAUUGCUUUUUCCUUUCUCGGCCCAGGAGUUAUGCUUCUAAGUUAUUUUUUGUAUGGUAAACAGUUAUUCUUGUGAACGGUGGGUUUUUUGGGCGACGGAAAAAUAUCUCCAAGAGGAGAGCUUAACAUGAGUCUAUAUCAAUUUUAUUAAUGUCCACCAACUUCGGAUAACAAUAUCUAAUAGAACGGUACUAGAUGCAUCUGGUAUCUCAAGAUCCGAUUCUCAUCUUUCAUUCCCAUUUUUUGUGUUGUCAUUAGUUUGUUUGGGUUCUUCCAACUUGGAGAUUUGCUCUGUCGUCAUUUUGUGCUUCUCGAAUAUACUUAAUACUCCAAAACUAAAGCGAAGUUGAACCGUCCGAUCAAGUUGUCGAUGUGUCGCUUGGUUAACGUAGCGACAUGUGCUUGUAUUGUGUAAUGGAAUGGUGUUUAAUUUUGUCUCGGCCUUGUCUCUAAACCGGCGCUUUGUCUUCAAACCGUAGGCAGGUACGCACUUAGUUUACCUUCAUUUCUUUUGAAAACACAGCUGAUUUCAACGUCUUGUGACAUUAUUUGUUUCAUCUACGUCUACUAAGAAGCUCAUCCGUUUCAUUUCGACAUUACCUUUUAAAAGUAGCCUAUAUGUAUGUAGUACAUUACGGGCAUCGUGCAGUUAUGGACAAAAUUUUCACAUUUUGCCAUUCACAAAGUGUGCAGGUCGUGCGAGCUUCGGGUACAUUAAAAAUAUAUGAGAACAUCGAACAGUCCACUUAACCAAAAUUUUGAGUUUUUUCACUACACAUGCAAGAACAAUGAGUUGCAGUCUCUAAUGCCCUUUUAAAGAAGAAGCGUUGAAGGUAGUAAAAGAAUAGGUUAUAGUUUCGAAAAAUACCACAUAAAGGAUUUAUCUGAUUACGGUGACUCAAGAACUCAACAGUUCAAUCAGGGAGCAGGUCCAAUGUGAAGCAUUCUCCCUUGAAAUGACUAACUACAUUUUUGCCCUGUCUAAAGACGAACUAAAUCUAAUCUAAUCUAAUCCGGUAUAAUAUCGCCAACAAUAAACAAACUCAAAUAGAUGCUGAAGAGGAUUUAGCGAAAGCAACAGAAAUAGAUAUUUUUCGAAACAUCAUAGAAUAAAUCAGGAUGUUUGGAUUGUCUUUGGUAGAGGCAAGACAGCAAAUUAGUUUUACAAUAUCAUAGAUUGCUUACCUAUUUUAUGACCUAUUAAUGGAAAGUGUUGAAAGAGAAACGUAUUUAUGUCUGUUUAUAGCGUACUGUAGUAGGGGAGGACGGAGACGGCAGGGGCGUCUUUCCUCAACCUGCAUUGCUACCCCUUGGAGCUAGUUAGGGGCCGUACUACUUUAGCAGGUUGAAGAAAGAGCCGAUAAUUGUUAUAUCGUAAUGUUCUUGCUGUUAUGCUCAGGAUUAUUGGUAUGAGUGGAUUCUAGUAUAAUGCUAUGUCUGGUUUCUAGAUAUCGGUUCAUAUACUACAAUUCACGAGUUUCGCAAAGUUAACAAAUUCAUUGGGUGAUCACUGAAUGAGUACAAAUCGCUGCCGUCUCGUUACCAUCCGAAUUUAUUAUCAUUAUUAUUAUUCUUCUAUUAAAAUAUAUUUUCAGAGUUUACCUUAAGCAAUAUCAUCAGAGAUUUUAUUAUUCCGUUUUGAUUUAUAUUUUGUUUUGUCAGUGUAUAGUAGCCGAUGCGGUUUAAAAUGGACGAAUGCUCAACUGAAAACGAAGUAAUUAAAAUGAAGUUUCUAGAAUAAUACUAAUCGCACCAGGACUAACUACCUCAAAAAUUUUCGUUUCGUAUCUAACUUUAAAGCUCCCGGUGUGCCAGCUACUUAGUCUGUUUUAAACAUCGUAUACACUGAAAAAAGUUAUACUUUUGAAGAAAAGAAAGCCCAAGGAAUUCGCAGAUACCAACAGAAUAUGUGGAAGGUUUUAGAUGAUGCUAAAACAGUACCCCUGAAACAGUUAUUCUUGGUUUUCUUUUUUAAAUCGUUUAGCUUUUGAUUGCCAAAUUUUAUUUAACAGAUAGGAGUUGUGUAUUCUUCUGCACACUCGACGUUUAAAGCAAUAUGUGCCAUAUACUCGUGUUAUACCAAAAAAAAUCUGAGUAGCAACCAAUACACAACUCCGACAUGGUGAGAAAAUAUUAAACACGUAUUUUACUACUAGAGUACCUAUGAUAAAGCUGGCGGAAAGUUAUAUCGGCAAAGAAUCCUUCAGUGUAAUUUGUAAAUUAUAUAUUUGUAACUCUAGGCUAAUGUAACUUUAAUCAGUUGUAAGUUAUAUAGGUGCGUAUACUCCAACUACAAAAACGAAUUAAGACACACUUGAAUGGAAUAUUCACAGUUUUUAUGGUUGGUCAGUAUACGUUUUUUUUAUAAUAGAAUAUGUGGAAAUGUUAUAAUCGUGAAGAAUAUCAGUAUAAUAUAAUGACACUAAAUGAUCGAGCUUUUAUUGGCUUUUUAUAAUAAUGUAAUACGAUGGGGAUUACACAUUUUUAAGGCAUAUUAAAUAUAACCAUUGUCUAUAAAAUGAA